AUGGAAGAACUAAAAAAUCUUUGUCAGAUUUGUUAUACAGAAGAUCACAAGUACAAGUGUCCCAAAUGUGGAACCAAAACAUGUUCUCUUCCCUGUGUAAAGAAGCAUAAGACACAAUCUCAAUGUGAUGGGGUUGUGGAUAAUACUAAAUAUAUCAAGAGAGAUGAAUUCGAGUCAAAUGAGCAUUUAGUGCAUCGUGAUUAUAAUUUCUUAACCAAUUUGAAUAGAACUAUUGAUGUUACAAAAGGUGAUGUACGUUCUCAAAAUAAGAAAAUUUUGGCACAUAAUUAUAGACAAAACAAUAACAAAAGAUUUCAGAAACAUGGUUAUGAUUCCAACUCAAAUCAAUAUGAAACUAUUACCAAGAGACAAGUCAAUAUUAGAUUACUCCCGAAAGGUAUGCAAAGAUCAAAUAUGAACAAGUCCGGAUGGGAUAAGAAGAAGAAUACAUAUGUAUGGACUAUCGAAUGGAUAUUAUUAGAUCCUUUAAAUGGACAAGAAUUACAGAGGAAAGUAUCUUAUAGAAUUGCAGAGAAUUGUAAAAUUGGAGAUAGUAUCCAUCCUAUAAUUAAAGAAGAACUGAAAGACCAACCAUUUUAUUGCUUUUUGAAAAAACUAGAUACACCAGCUUCAAAUCCUAAAUUUAUACCUUUACAAAAUGAUUCAUUUUUAGCAGAUGCAUUAAGAGAUCAAACUGUCAUUGAAUUCCCAACUAUAUUGGUGUCUACUAGUGAUAAAGUUGCAGGUUAUACGGUAUAUGAAAGUGAAUCAGAAAGUGAAUCAGACUCCAGUGAUGAUAGUGAUAGUGAUUCUGAUAGUUCAUCCGAGGGCAGUUCUAGUGAUGAAGAUGAACAAGAUGAUCAGCCAGAGGAAGUGUCAUCCAAGGUUCCACUGAUACAAGAGAUCACAUCAGAAAAGACAAACAAUGAAAAUUCUGAACAAAAGCCUGAAGAAAGGUCUGAAGAUAAAUCAGAAGCUCAAGAUGGUAAUUAA